AUGAUGAACAAUUACAUAUGGUUGACUUUGUUUUUAUUGAUUUCAUACGAGUAUAUAAAUGCCAGUGACACAGCUAAAAGAUUAUAUGAAGAUUUAAUGCGUAAUUAUGAUAAACGAGUUCGUCCAGUGUGUAAUGCCACUGACGUAUUGAAUGUGGCAAUUAGUUUAAGUGUCACACAAUUAAUUGACGUUGAUGAAAAACGUCAAAUAAUAACAACAAAUGUAUGGCUUAAACAUGAAUGGUUUGAUUAUCGAUUAAAAUGGGAUCCACAAGUGUAUGAUAAUAUUUGUAUUAUGCAUAUUGCAUCAGAACAAUUAUGGUUACCUGAUAUUGUUUUGUAUAAUAAUGCCGAUGGAGCAUAUCAAGUAACAUUAAAGACUAAAGUAUCAGUCUAUCCAUCAGGAGCUAUUGUAUGGGAUCCUCCAAUGAUAUAUAAAAGUAGUUGUCCUAUUAAUGUUCAAUAUUUUCCAUUUGAUGAACAAAUUUGUUCACUUAAAUUUGGUUCAUGGACACAUGAUGGACAUCAAGUUAAUUUAUCACAUAUUGUUUAUAAUAAUAUUGAAAUGGCAAAUUCUCUUGAUGAUUAUCGAUCACAAGGUGUAUUUUUUCAUAAUUAUUAUCAAAAUGGUGAAUGGGAAAUAAUUCGUGCACCAGCUAAACGUAAUCAAAAAUCUUAUACUUGUUGUUUAGAACCAUAUUAUGAUAUAACAUAUGUACUUGUAUUAAAACGUAAAACAUUAUUUUAUACAGUUCAUUUAAUAAUUCCUUGUGUUGGUAUAUCAUUAUUAACAUUAAUUGUUUUUUAUUUACCAAGUCAAUCAGGUGAAAAAAUUGUUCUUUGUAUAAGUAUUGAAUUAGCAUUAACAGUCUUUUUUCCACUACUUGCUGAUUUAAUACCAUCAACAUCUAUAAUAGUACCAUUAUUAGGAAAAUAUUUAUUAUUUAUAAUGACUCUUGUAGCAUUAUCAAUAUUAAAUGCAAUAAUAACUCUUGCAAUUUAUUAUCGAGAACUCAAUCAUAAAAAAUCAAUGCCUAAAUGGAUGAAAUAUUUUUUUGUUAAAAUUUUAUCACCAUUGUUAUUUUUAUCGACAGAAAAACAAUAUAAAAUUAAACAAAUUAAACAAAAUAAAACAAAAUAUUUUAUGAAAUUACCACAAAAUAAUACAUAUGAUGUUAUUUUUUCUAUAAUGUUAGAAAAAUUACUUCAUUUAGAAGAAAUUGAAAGAAUUUUUACAAAAUUUAAUAAAACUAUUAAAAAAAAUAAAAAUGCUCAUGAUUGGCAACAUGUUGCUUUAGUAUUUGAUCGAAUUCUAUUAAUUAUUUUUACUACUGUUUCAUUAACAGGAACUAUUCUAAUAUUAGCAAAAAGAACUCCAAAUUAUGUUUCAAAUAUCGAUUUAAAUAAUCUUAAUCAAGGAAUUUUUAAUGCUUGUAUUUAUCGACAUCAACAUUAA